ACGCAGCCCAAACCAGUAAGUUCAACCAGGAAGUAGUGAGGGUUUUGGCCAACGAAGAGAUAGUUCUUGACACUUUAGAGCCCUAUUUAAACAAAUAAUAGAGCGAUAGUUUAACAAUGCGACUUCAAAUGUAUCAAAGAUUAAAUGCUUGAGUGUUGUCGAGUAUAUCCAUAUCUUUCGGUGCCCUGAAAGCGAGCGAAAUGGACUUCUUCAACGAAAACGGAGGCUCGUACACGGAAAAUCUCAUCGGAACGUUGCUCGCCAUUUUCGGAAAUGUACUUGUCAGCAUCUCCCUAUGUAUUCAGAAGUACAGCCAUGUGUCCUUAGCUGGAGCCAAGGACUUGCGUGCCUUCUAUCGCACCAAAACCUGGUGGUCUGGUCUUAUCCUCACCUGCCUCGGGGAGGCGGCGAACUUUGUCUCUUAUGCCUUUGCCCCCCUUGUUCUUAUAGCGCCCCUCAAUGCGGUGUCUGUUUUGACUAGCUCAAUUUUAGGUCUUAUUUUUCUGCGUGAGAGAUGUAAACCAAACGAAUUUGCAAAGCGCUAUGGGCUGUCCUUUCUGGGCUGUAUCUUUGUUGCAGGAGGAACCUACCUCUUUGUAGCAUUUGGACCAAACUCCCAUGAAAAACUUGAAGCUGACGUUGUUGUAAAGCACCUUGUGGGAUGGCCUGUUCUAUUGUAUAUGCUCCUGGAGGUCAUCAUGUUCUGCCUGCUGUUAUACUUCUACAAACGAAGAGGUGCAAAUUAUGUCGUUGUUAUUCUUCUCCUGGUCGCCCUACUUGGCUCUGUGACUGUGAUCUCAGUGAAGGCAGUGUCGGCCAUGUUGGUGCUCACUGCUGAGGGCAACAUGCAGCUUGACUACCCCAUCUUUAGUGUCAUGAUUGUUUGUAUGUUGGCUUCAGUAGUCUUCCAAGCCAGAUUUCUCACCCAGGCCUGCAAGCUGUAUGAAUCUUCUCUCAUAGCCUUUGUCAACUACAUUUUCUCAACCACUUUUGCAGUGAUAGCUGGAGCUGUGUUUUAUUUGGAAUUUAAAAACGAAGAUAUUCUUCACAUCUGCUUGUUUUUGCUGGGAACUGCACUGUGUUUCCUGGGAGUCUUUCUCAUCACCAGAAUCAGGAGGAGGCCAAAGACCUUUGAGCCGUACGUCACUAUGGACAUGGCUAAAGGCAUCCCCACCAUCCAUGACAAAGGUCCCAUAGUUCAACCAGAGGUCAAUGGUUCUUUCAACUAUGGUGCUCUGGUCAACAACGAUGGAGCAACACCCAUAACUGUACCAGUCAACAUGGAACAACCUCCAGAUGUCGGCAGAUCUGCCGACGCCUCCUACAACCAUUCCGACCUCAAGAAAGAUUAGGACCAAAGCUGUAUUUUUUUUUUCUUGCUAACUUCAGGUAUGGACAUCUUUUAAGGACUUUGGAACUGAGUCCUGUGCGAGUGUUCUCACACAGAUAGUGUAAAUCCGUGUCACUAUUCCCUGGGAUUUGUUUAUUCCACACACUUCUGUCUUUUUCACUCAUUGAAGUAUUUGAAUGAAAUCAGGAGUUUUAGGGGUUUAUUGUUUGUUUUGUGUAGAGAGACUUCCCCUAAAGUCAACUGCCUCAACCAAUACUGUUAUUUUUAGUAUUGGAAUAUUUAAUAUUUUUUGUUCUUAUCUGCUGAUGAAUGGGAUCCUGCAAUGAUCUGCUCUUUCAUAUGGGAUUGUGAUGACACUCCCUGACGUCCAGAGUCUAGUGAUAUAGACACACACACACAGAGGAGAUGGAAAAUGAAAGACUUGCCAAUGAACAUUAACCUGUAGAUUUUGAACUUUCACCUCUCCUGUCUGUCUUGUAUGAAGGAUUAUUGAUCCAGUGUCUUGUUCUCUGACCAAGCUGUGGGUGCAGUUGUUUUAAGUUAUUGUGGUAUUUAUUCAGUUUAAAUGUUGAUUUGAAUGUGCCUUAAUGUGUAGCUUUACACUGGAUAAAUGAAAUGUCAGGUGAAACAUAAACCAUGCUGAUGUGUGAUGUUUCACUUCCUGUUCUUUAGAAUUUAAGUCAGUAACAACUCUUACUUGGUUAGAUUAAUAUACUGUGUAUCAUACUUGCUUCCGGAACAUAAGGUAUAAAGUAUUUUAAACUGGGCAACUGAAUUUGCUCCAGUUAUUUUCCCUUAUUUCAAAGAUUUUAGUUGAUUCUUUGGUUUGAUGGAAUAUUUUUAACAGCUUAUGCUUUAAUAAAAAUAAAAAUGAACUCCUCAUUUAGAAGUGCAUGUGAACAAAGAGGGCUUUCAUUUCUGUACCAUAGGCAGUUUUUUAUUAAGUAGCUCUGACAUUUCUGACCUGUGAGUGAAUCGGCUCAAUCUCAUCACUGUGUAAACAGACUGUCUUGCUUUUAUCACUGCCUUAUGAUAAAAAUCAGAUCAGUUCCCUUUUCUAAUCUCACACUGUGUAAUAUAUGCAAUCUUUGAUCAUAUACACUAAAUAAAUUACAUUUCUAACUGAU